CUCAUUGCAGCCUUUCAGUAUUUAAAAGGGGAUUAUAAAAAGGAGGGGAAUCAACUUUUUACGUGGGUAGAGUGUGACAGGACAUGUGGAAACGGUUUUAAGCUCCAGGAGGGAAGGUUUAGAUUAGAUGUGAGAGGGUUACAAGCCUAGUCCCCAGUCAGGAUAACGUGUUCAUCUGAACUGCAAAACACAGCACCAAACAAGCCACCGCUAAGAGAAGGAACUCCAUCCCAGCCACAACCAGCACAAGCAGCCUGCGCGCGUGCCCUGGCUGCCCUUCCAUUGCUCAGCCAGCUGCCGUCGGGGACUGGGGGCCCGGCUCCCCAUGCCUGAGGCCUCUGGGAGUCCUGGGAACAGCUCAGCUCAGAGCUGCCCCUCUGCCUGAGGCAGGCCGCUGCCUGCUGGGGGAAGCAGCUGUUCUUUCGGCAGCGGGCCCACCCUGCCUUGGGCGCUGUCCUCGAGUAAGGGAGGCCUGGGAGGCCUUGGCUCAGCAUCAAGGGGGAAGCCUGGGUCACAGCAGCAGCUGCUCCGCAGGCUACAGAGGGCAGCGCUGGCAGCCACUGUGUUGCUGGGGGGAAGCCCUUUGUGAGGUCAGCGAUGACAUCAGUGAUGGAGGACAUCACUGCCCGGUGAUUGUGAUGCCACCGUGGCACUGGGUCAGCUGUCCGUCAUAAAGGCCCUGGGCUCACUGUGCCGCCUGGAGCGGUGAGCGCCUCGUCCUCCUCCCUCGCAGCUGAGCAGGGUGGUCUUGUUCUGAGGUGCCGCGGGUACCACAGGGCGCUGACAAUGGCUUCUGCUUGGGAGAGGAAGUGGCAGUACUCAGAUCUGGGGAAGAAAGUGGUGUUCCUCCCCAGCAUCCUUCUGUGUGAGCUGUUCAUAGACCCUGGUUUCCCCAUGAUGCUUCAUGGAGUGCUGCUCCUGCUGGAUGUUUCAGGUUUCACGACCUUGUCCGAGAAGUGCGUCCAGCGGAGCGGCCCAGACAGAGGAGCUGAGGAGCUGGCGCAAACCCUCAACGCCUUCAUGAGGGACAUUCUGGAGGAGGUGCUGGCUUUCGGAGGAGACAUCCUGAAGUUUGCAGGGGAUGCUGUGCUGGUGCUGUGGAGAGCAACACAGCCUCAGCUGCCUAAGGCCAUCACCCUGGCGCUGCAGUGCUGCAGGAAAAUCCAGAAGAAGUACGGCACUCGUGACACGCAUGUGGGACUCCGGCUCCACCUGAAGAUAGGGAUCUCCACCGGGACGCUAGCCUUCUUGUCUGUCAGAGGCGGGGAUCAGCAGUACUUCUUCAUCUACAGCCGUGCUCUGAAUGAUGUUAUCGAGGCCCAAAGCCUUUCGGCUGCACAUCAAGUUAUGCUGUCACAGACCUGCUGGGAGCAGUGUGAGCAGUGGCGAAUCUGGGCCAAGCCUCUUCCUGGCAGAAGAGUUGUGAAGGUUGUAGGAAUGAGGCGCUUGUCUCGCCAACAAUGCCAAGUUGCUGUGGGCCAGCUGGACCAGUACACCGCGGAGUGGCAUUUGGAAGGGUCGGGCCUCCGAAGGCCUGCUCUUAAGAUGCCCAAUGAUCCUGACGUGGCAACGAGGCUGGAGAAGCACCUACCAGCAGCUGUUCUCCACAAGCUUCAUCAGGACGUGCCACUGGAGCUGUGCUCUGAGCUACGGCUGGUCACCAGCCUCUUUGUCCAGCUGCAGUUUGUUGUCAGGAUCAAUGUAGAGGACCUCAGCAGGAGCCUCAGUGAUAGCAGCAGCAUGAUUUCAGAAAUCAUCAGCCCUCACAAGGGCGAAAUCAACAAAACUCUCCUGUUUGACAAAGGCUGCACCUUCCUCUGUGUAUUUGGAUUUUCUGGAGCAAAACUGGCCUCCGAGAGCAUCCAUGCGUUGGAAUGUGCCAUGCAGAUUGUCCGCAUGGCCUCCACGAGGCUGACAAAACUCCAGCGAGUGUCUGUCGGGGUCAGCAGCGGGAUGGCGUUCUGCGGCCUCACCGGCCAUCCCGAGAGGUUUGAACACACAGCCCUGGGCUUUAAGGUGAAUUUGGCCGCCCGCAUGAUGGUGUCCUACCCGGGGCUGGUGUCCUGUGAUGCGGAGACCUACGCGGCCUCUCGCCUGCCCAGCGACUGCUUCAAGGAGUUGCCAAGGAGAAACAUGAAAGGUGUCACCAAUUCCCCCACUGUCUAUCAAUACGUGGGGAUCACCGAGAAGUGGUAAGUGUCCUCUGAGCUGCGCAAGUGAGGGGAGAGGGCCCUCAAGGGUGCAACCUUGGCCGGCAGGGAGGAGUUGUGCAGCGAGACC